AUGGUUGCAUCUACAUCACUUAGGUAUGCAGAAACUGAAGAAGGCUAUGUCUUUGAACUGGCUGGACAAGAGCCUUCCCAAGCCCUGUUAUUGAUUUCUUCAUCCGGUGAGGUAUCCACUGUGAGCUUGGAAAAACAAACCUUCAAGAGAAGUUUCCAGCCAAUUGCUGGUUUGCUAGGUACUAUUCAACUCCAUUCGAACCAAUAUAUUGUUAUUGCGGAGACGGCAAGCAAUUCUGGAAUUAUCUAUGAUGAUAAGAAAGUUUAUAAGGUACAGUCCACGGAUAUCAUCUCUUUGAAUCCAAAAUUUAAACCAGACGAAGAUGAACAGAAGUAUAUUGAGCUCCUAAAAUCGCAUCUGAAUAAUGCAACAUUAUAUUUUUCGUAUUCCUAUGAUCUGACUAGACCUUUUGGUGAUCAAAAAGUUGAGGAGCCUUUAGGAUUCAAUCCAGAAUUUAUGUGGAACCACUUCAUUUCUUCAUCGUUGAUUAAAGCCUCCUACUCCAAUCCAUUUGUCAGCAAUUUUAUUUUACCAGUCAUAUAUGGUGUCUCUGAAUUCAUCAGAACCACCAUUAAUGGUAAACCGGUUACUUUUGGUAUGGUCACAAGAAGGUCAACAGCAAGAGCGGGUACCAGGUACUUCAGGAGAGGUAUUGAUAUAGAUGGUAAUGUUGCAAACUUCAAUGAAACUGAACAAUUCUUAAUUGUCCAUAAAUUAGACAACACAACCCAAGUUUACACUUACUUGCAAAUCAGAGGUUCUGUUCCUGUUUAUUGGGCAGAAAUGAACAAUCUGAAAUACAAACCAAAUUUAUUAAUCGGUCCUUCUGAUUAUUUGCCUGCUAGAAAACACUUUGAUAAAUGUAUCUCCAAGUACGGCACCAACUAUCUGGUCAAUUUAGUCAACCAAUCGGGAUAUGAAAAGCCAGUCAAAUUAUCUUACGAGAAUGCGGUCACUGCAUUAAAUGAUUCGAAUAUUAAGUACACCUACUUUGAUUUCCACCAUGAAUGUAGGAAAAUGAGAUGGGACAGGGUCAAGUUACUAUUGGAUCAUUUGACACAAAUUGGUUUAUCACCAAAUGAUUAUUCACAAUACACAAUUGACUCAAAUUUUGUCGCUGAGAAAACACAAUCUCAUGUUGUUAGAACUAACUGUAUGGAUUGCUUAGAUAGGACCAAUGUUGUUCAAUCGAUGCUAGGCAGGUGGUACUUACAACAGCAGUUAAUAGAUGCGUGUAUUAUUGAUGGAUAUCUUGAUUGGAAAGAUCUAGACCCCGCAUUCAACCUUGUCUUUCAAAAUAUAUGGGCCGAUAAUGCAGAUUAUGUCUCCAAUGCAUAUUCAGGCACAGGCGCCCUAAAAACAGACUAUACUAGAACUGGUAAGAGGACAAAGAAAGGUGCAUUAAAUGAUUUGGUCAAUUCUAUCACAAGGUACAUCAAGAAUAAUUACUUUGAUGGGUCAAGGCAAGAUGGGUUCGAUUUGUUUCUUGGUAAGUCCUUACCUUACGAGAUAGUUUCCUCACCAUUUAAAGACACAAGGCCACCGUUAUAUCAAGCUGCUCCCUACGUAUGUAUGGUUAGUAUCUUCAUUAUAAUUGCGACCCUAGUGUAUCCAAAGGGUGCAUUAACUGAUGCUAAAAACAUUUUUUUCCUUAGCGUAAUGUCAUUCUCUACCGGACUGUCAUUGUGGUUUAUUCUAAAGAAUGGCAUUCAGUUUGUCAAUUGGCCAGUACUAAAGAAACUAGAUUUCUUGAGAAAGAAAGAAGUUUAUAACAAUGGACGUGUUGAAGGUUUCUUAUUUGAAAAAGAGGCCAGCUACAAUAAGUUUGACGAACAACACAAGAAGCAAUAG